UGUAGACUGAGGUUUCCUUUCAGUCCAUGCUAACAGGCAGCACACUUGGAAAGCAGAGGGAGUUGCUACAGACUACUUUUUUCAGUCAGUCAUGGACUACGUAGAGCCCAUUCUGUCCAUUGCUUCACAGAUCUACACACUUGUUGAGAAUGUUAAAGCCAAUAAAAAGCGCUGCAGUCGUGUUGUGGAGCGCGUAAAAGCCUUGGAGGGCCUGGUGAAAUCAAUCGAACAAAGGGAUGCCGUCAAGCUGUCUGCUGAGGUGGAGAGUGCUCUUAAGGGACUUUCAAUUACUCUCAAAUCAGCUCAGGGGCUCAUUGAGAAAUACACCUUGGCAAACUUGGUGAAGCGCAUUCUGAAGUCAAGCAGCCAUGGAGAUGAAUUUAACAGUGUGAAUGAACGCCUUAACGACGCCUUCCAAAGCUUAUCUUUAGCUCUGCAGUUAGAGCAUGGAAAUCAAGUGUUCAAGGUGUUUGACCUGAUCUCCAGGCACAAGGAAGAUGAAGUGGACAGCCGGGAAGAUGAUGCAGAAUUAAAGAGAAUGCUCAUGGAAUAUGGGGAAUACGUGGAGACCAUGCAAAGAGAUCUUGAAGAUAUCAAAUCCAAUGUAGUAAAGAUUGUGGAGAUGUUGAAUAAACCCAGAAUUAUAACCAUGGAGAUCCGAAUGAUUAAACCAGAGGAACUGAAGAAUAUUGAGGAGAAACCCAUCAUGACAACACCAACCUCAGAGGUCUACAAAGGAGAAUUUGGUGGCUUCACAGUGGCCAUCAAAAAAUACACAGGAGCUUUAAAUGCCAAACCAGGGGAGGUUAAGUCUGUCUUCAAAACGGAAGUUGACACUAUGAAGCGGUUUGAGGCACCCAACAUUUUGCGAAUGUUUGGCAUCUGCAUCCGAGAAGAGAACACUUCAAAUCCAGAGUUCCUCAUCAUCAUGGAGUACUGUGAAAAAGGAAGUCUUCGAGAUGUUCUGAACUCCAAACAAGAACUGUUAUGGACCAGGAAAGCGUCCAUGUGUCUGGAUGCUGCACAGGGACUUUACAGACUCCAUCUAACUGAGGAAGUAAGUAAGCUUCACAUGAGCAUCACCAGCAGCAAGUUCCUCGUGGAUGGAAACUACAGAGUGAAGCUGGGAGGGUUUGAGCUGGCCAAAACAGAGACGUCACUGAAGAGGACAACAAAGGACAAAGAGAAGGAAACAAACAUCAACCUACUGUGCUACUCCUCUCCCCAGCAGUUGGGCAACAUCAACCAACCCUACAGCAAAGAGUGUGAGAUUUACAGCCUGGGAAUUGUUCUGUGGGAAAUAACAACUCGCAAGAAGCCUUUUGAAGACUGUGGUGGUGAUGACAAGGCCCUUUAUAAAAAAGUGUGUGAGGAGAAAUAUACAGAGCCACUGCCUGCUGAUUGUCCUGAAACCCUGGGAUUGCUGGUCAGUGCCUGCAGGGCUUAUGAAAGUUCCCAAAGGCCAUCUGCUGGAGUGUUGGUGGAUAAACUGCGAAGUGUAGUGGUACAAUUAGAGAAACAGUGAAUGUCCUCAACAGCCCCACAGGUCACGAUAUCUUCAGCAAAUUUUUAGUUGUGUUGUUUAUCACAAAUAUAUUGUUCUCUUUCUAAUUUGAUUUUAUCUCUGUUCAGUUCACAUUGCCGUCUAUGUAGUUUUCUCAGUAGUUCUGUUUAUUUUGUCAUGUGUUCCCUCCCUUGAUGCUUGGAUUUUAUUCAGGGACUCUGGCUUUUUCCCACAGUCCCAACACAAGCAUAUUAGGGCAAUUAAUCACUUUAAAUUGCCCUUGGUUUUAAGGUUUUUACAAUAGAAUAAUUUUAAUCUUGAUAUUGACACUAACAAAAUCACAUGAUUCCAUCUCCAAUACCACCAAUACCUCUUUUGAAGGCGAAAAUUUUAUCACAGUAUAAGCCUAAAAUAUUAUCACAAUAUUAAAAUGCUUACAUUGCGUUAUUUAGGGGGAAACAUAAGUAGAAGAUUAGCACCCAUUUAGAAUUUUAUUUUAUUUAAAAGAGUUGCUUCUCCAGAUUGCAAAGCAGAUUGCAUUGGAAGAGGUAACGCGAAAAGGUCUUCAUCUACUUUGUUAUAGUAUGUAGCUUGGAUUCAGUUAUGUGAUCUUUAAAUUAUUGCUUAUCUUUAGUGUCUAUCUGUGUACUUACAUCAACCUGUGACUAUGGUGCUCCUAAAUCAUUUUUCACCCUAUUGUAAAACGGUUUUAGUGUAAACGUAAAUUUGGUUUAAUUCAAAUAUAUUUCAAAGUGAAGACAAGGAUCAGGUCCAUACAAAACCUUUUUUUUAUAUAAGUGGGCAAGAACCAGCUGUGUAAAUUGCUAGAGAUUGAGCAGUUAAUGCUCAGUCUGUCAGGCUUGGUCCACAGUUUAACAUGUGUUUACAAUCUUAUUAUUAGCCACAAUAGCUGCUAAAUAGAAGUAAUGGAAUGGGAAUACUGGUAAUUUUGUUGCCUGCUGAGGGAUAUUUUUCUGCUUUAUGUUGUACCCGUUGUGCUUGAAAAGAACUUUGCAUGGAGCAUGAUCACUAUAAAUACAAAUAAAAAUUGUUGUGCCAUCUGCAGGCUGGCAGUACCAUAAAGCUAUCAGAAGAUGGCGACAAUUGACACCGCUCAUGUACAGUAAAUGUCAUUCAACUGUCCUGCAAAGUUGGCAGUAAAACAACAGACUUAGACUUAGACAACUUUAUUUGUCAUUUUGUAUGUACAGAGUGCAUACAGAACGAAAUUUCGUUGCAUACAGCUUGUAAAUUACAGUAUAAAGUGCAGCAGUGAUUAAAAAGUAAACAAUUGAAAUGUAAACAGCUUGGCAUAGUCGUAGACCAACCUAAUCUACAGGGUUAGGCAUACUCUAGCUCUUUCUUUUCACUAUUCUGCAUCUCUGACUCACUCGGCUCCAUCACAUGCAACCAGAGUUGGCUACUGUCAUAGAAUAUUAUAAAGUCACCUGACUAGGUAUGUUGCUCUCAAACAUCUGAGUUUCUGUUGUUAGUGUGCUAGUAUCUGUGACCCUUUUGCAUUUUGGCUUUUCCUGUCUGUCUGCCUCAAAGAAGAGUCGCAAAGGGUCUUCUCUGGAUGAUCUUUCCAUGUUAGAGUUUUAAACUUCCAGCAGCAGCUCACUGUUUUAUUCUCAACCAUGAAUAUUUAGGUGAGCCACAGCAUGUCUGUGUUGUUGUAGCUCUACUGCUUGAAGGACUGCACCUUUUGAGAGACAAAAAGAUAUCAGUUUAUGUUCACAUUGACCUGUAGUGACAAAAUGUUUUAGUACUGAUUCUGUCUAAAUGUCAAUUAUUGACAUGGUUCUAAGUGUGCAGUGCGUGUGUUGUCUAUCCCUUUUGUCAUGUUUGUGACUGUGUUGGCAUGUGAUAGACAGGAGAUUCCACGUGACUUCCACCCAACAACCCUCAAGCAGCAACCUUAUAAGACAUGAUAGUUUCCAGCAUCAACUUGCGCCUUUUGUCGGAGAUUAUGGAAUAUCUGUGAUGAUACCCGGUAAAAAUAAGAAAAACAAAAGAAUAACAAACAGGAAUAAACC